GACACCAAUCAUAAGAUUGAUAUCUCUCUCGUUACUAUAUAUGAACUUAUCGAUCAUAUAGUUUCUUUCAUCACACACUCACAAAAACAACCAAAUAAACAGAACAAAAAUAUUAAGGCAAUUAGCUUAUUUAAUGGAGAGAAGAGAGGACCACUACUCAAACUACUUCGUCCAAAGUCCUUCAACGGUUUUCCAUGACCCUGAAUCCGAAUUCCAAUCCCCGAUUCGAUCUGACUCAGCGCCAUUGGUCCUAUCCAGCGUCAAUGAAUUCCCGAGGUACUCAGAUUUCUUGAGAAACUCCGAAAACAACUUCUUGUAUGAGGAUGAUGAGAAAAGAUUGGUGCCAUUGGGGACCUCCAAUUCGAGUUGGUGGAUCGUCCUCCAAGUAGGUUGGAGGUUUUUGUUUAGCUUAGGAGUGGCAUUGCUUGUCUUCUACAUUGCUACUCAGCCUCCUCAUCCUAACAUUUCUUUUCGAAUUGGGAGGUUUAAUCAGUUCAUGUUAGAAGAAGGUGUGGAUUCACAUGGAGUGUCGACUAAGUUCCUCACUUUCAAUUGCUCUACCAAGCUCAUAAUAGAUAACAAGUCUAAUGUCUUUGGCCUUCACAUUCAUCCUCCAUCUAUCAAAUUCUUCUUUGGCCCACUCAACUUUGCAAAGGCGCAAGGACCUAAACUAUAUGGGUUGAGCCAUGAGUCGACAACAUUUCAGCUAUACAUAGCAACAACGAACCGGGCGAUGUAUGGGGCGGGAACAGAGAUGAAUGAUAUGCUUCUGUCGAGAGCUGGAUUGCCUCUAAUACUGCGGACGAGUAUAAUUUCCGACUAUCGAGUUGUCUGGAACAUUAUAAACCCUAAGUACCAUCACAAAGUCGAGUGUUUAUUGCUCCUUGCUGACAAGGAGAGGCACAGCCAUGUUACAAUGAUAAGAGAAAAAUGUAGAUUGGUAUCUUGAUCAAAGAUUAUAUCCAAAGAGAUGCCAUAAGAGAGCUAAUAAUCAGUAUGACGACCAACUUAAGAGAAAAUAAAAAAAACUUCGAAUGAUACGGGAGAAUUCUAUAAUAAGAGGCUAUGAAAAUUUUCCAUAGCUCAUAGGUUUUUAAAGAUUUUGUUCUCGUAAUAGUUUCCAUUUUUUUUUGUGCAUCGAUAGUUUCAUGUUACCCAAUUAAUCAAUUCAUCUACAAACAAUAUAGACCCACUUGCGGCUAUAUAUAUUGGUG